GUCGCGAUGGGCAUCUACAGAGUCGCACAAAGUUACCGCUUAUUCCCAUGACUGCGGGACAAGGACCUGAGGGCGCGCCUGCUCACCGCUGGGCAAUGUAGUGGCGGGCGCUUAUUCCGUUUGCUUCUGCCCAAACGAGGCGCGUCCACAAGCACCGGGUAGUUUUUUCUUACUCCCAACACAGUCAAUUUAAACCAAGCCUGUUUUUUUAGGUAUUGAGCAUCUCUACUUUCUUUCCAUUCUUCUUGCACAUACUUCCGUAUCUACGGCUAAGCUUAUCUCCACACCAUUCGCAGGCACGAUGGGGUGGGCCAACGUCGACGAAGAACAAGAGCUCGACUAUUACUCUUGCGAUGACAUGUCAAUCUUAGACAACGACAACAAGUAUGUUCAGCAACUCGACAUUAGGGACCCUCAACUGCGAGAGGGAGAUGGAGAUGAUAGCGACGACUCUGAUGACGCUGACAACUCCCGCACUCACGGUCCCAUGACGAUACCAGAGAAACGAAGGGCACAGAAUGAUAUCUUUGGAGCAUUCGCUGCUAACAUUAGUGCUCAUGUCACGCAACGAGAGGUCGAUGAUGCUGCAUCGAGAAGUGCAACUGAGGAGCAGCUCUCCAUCCGCGACAUCCUUGCACAACGGGAAACUACCGUUCGCAUUACCAAUCCACGCGAUUAUCAGACUGAACUGUUCCAAACGGCCAAGAACGGUAACACGAUUGCUGUGCUGGACACUGGAUCAGGCAAGACCCACAUCGCGACGCUCUUGCUCAAGCACGUUCUUGAUGAAGAGCUGGAGACCCGUGCAAAAGGCGGCGUGCACAAGACUGCCUUCUUCCUUGUCGACUCUGUGAAUCUAGUCUUCCAGCAAACGAACGUGCUCAAAUGCGGCCUCGAUCAAGGUGUCGAGUCUGUCUGCGGUGCCAUGGGUGCCAGCCUUUGGAGAAGGCCUACCUGGGAUACGUUAUUCGCAAAGAACAUGGUCAUCGUAUGCACUGCCGAAGUCCUCUCACAGUGUCUAAUGCACGCUUUCAUCAGUAUGGCCCAGAUCAACCUACUCAUUUUCGACGAAGCCCACCAUGCGAAAGGCAACCAUCCUUACGCUCAGAUCAUGAAAGACUAUUAUCUACACGAGAGCGACAAAACGAGACGGCCUCGGUUGUUUGGCAUGACCGCAUCGCCAGUAGACGUUGGAGGCCUCAACCCCGAAGACGUGGUAGAAGCAGCGGCCAACCUCGAGACGAUGCUGUGCUCCAAGAUCGUUACCGUUGAUGAGGCCACACUCGCCGCGAACAACAUCAGCCCCCCGAGCGAAGAAGUCGUCCUUUACGAUCGAUUGCAGAGCGAACUCGAGACGCCUUUCCACAACAAAGUCAAAGCACAAUAUGGCAAUGUGAAAGCGUUCCGAAAGUUCUUCGUCAAAUCCAAGCAAACUGGCUCUGAGCUUGGAAGGUGGGCAUCAGACAUGUACUGGGCCUUCGCCUUCGCAGACGAGCAAGCUCGCAAACUUCAACAACGUGAAGAGUUUCAUUACAACAACCUCAACAGGGAGAACGUCAAUGUCGAAGAGCUUGAUGCUAAGAUUCAGCGCCUCAAGGAUGCUGCAACCUUUGUGCAAGGUCACGACUUUGGUACGCCCUGUCUUGGAAGCGUCGACUUGAGCUCAAAGGUCCUAAAGCUUCACGAGUGGCUUAGCAUGUACUACGAGCGAAGUGAUGAGCCACGUUGCAUCGUGUUCGUCGAACAGCGACAGACAACUCGUCUUCUAAAGCUGAUAUUUGACCACAUUGGCGGGCCAAAUCUUCGCUGUGACGUUUUGGUAGGAGUCAACUCCCGCGCCGGAGAACACAAUGUCUCAUUGCGAGCUCAAAUCUUGACAUUGUCCAAGUUUCGGCGAGGCGAGUUGAACUGUAUAUUUGCCACAUCUGUUGCGGAAGAAGGCCUCGAUAUACCUCAGUGCAACCUCGUGAUUCGGUUUGACCUUUACCGUACUAUGAUCGCGUACGUACAAUCGAGAGGUCGUGCAAGACAUCGUAACUCAAAGUACCUGCACAUGCUCGAGAACGGCAACAACGACCACUAUGAGCGACUCAUGCAGGUCAAAUUGGACGAAACUGUGAUGAGGAAUUUCUGCAAGGGCAUCGCACGCGAUCGUCUUCUCGACGAUCUGGACGACGCAGACGACUUGGAUGCAUUUGAAGAUAAGCUCUACCUAAGCUUUGUCGACCCAGUCUCAGGCGCGAAGCUCACUUACCGGUCAAGCCUGUCCGUUCUCAAUCACUUCGUAGCGACACUACCAACUCCAAUCCACGAGAUGCAUCUACAGCCAACAUACGUCAUCAGUGCCGAAGUAAACACUGAUCCUCGUGACGCACAUCGUACGGGAUUUCGAUGUGAGGUGAUAUUACCUGAGUGUUCGCCCGUCAUCUCCAUGAUAGGUAAAGUUGAGAGCAGAAAGACGGUCGCGAGGUGCUCUGCAGCUUUUUCCAUGUGCUUAGAGCUUCACAAAAAAGGAUUCUUGGACUCCAAUUUACUCCCGACAAUUUCGAAGAGCCUCCCCGCCAUGAGGAAUGCACACCUUGCUCUCGGCGUGAAGAAGAAGGGCAACUAUCCCAUGCUCAUCAAGCCAGAAUUUUGGAAGCAGGACCGCGGUUCUGUUCCCCAACACCUUUAUCUCACCAUUGUCGAUGUUGAUGCUGGUCUUGAUCGACCUCACCAGCCGUUUGGUCUUCUGACCCGAUCGCGGUUUCCUCAUAUGCCAUCAUUCCCAGUCUACCUCACUGAUGGCCGGGCGUCCAAUGUCGUCUCACAGUCACUAGCGGCACCACUCGCAAUCAGUCAGGAAGUGCUUGAGCUUGUAACCAAGUUCACCUUGCGCAUCUAUGAAGACAUCUAUAACAAGAUCUAUGAGUACGAUGUCCAGAAGAUGUCAUACUGGGUAGUUCCUCUGCUUUCAAGUAGAUGCGAAUCGCCUCCGCAAUACCCCAGCUUCGAAGACAUUGUGGAUAUGGCGCAGGUACGCAAGGUCUACGAACAGCCAAAUUGGCAAUGGGCCCCAGGAACGUCGGAUGACGACAUCUUGGACAAGUUCUACUCUAAUAGCGUUGCAACUCACCUUAAACCGCAGGAUCCGAAGUUCAUGGAUAGUAUUCUCGACUACUCGGACAGCAAAUGGCUAAGGAGCAGAGACGUCAAUAGGUGGCACCAAAAUCAGCCUGUCCUCAAUGUCGAGAAGAUUCCAUUCCGUCGCAAUCACCUCGCUCGCGUAGAGGACAAGGAGCAGGAGGUUCUUGAUAGUCUAAAGACCGUCAUCUGUCCUGAGCCAAUGCGUGUCUCAAACGUUGCGACACCGUUUGUCGUCAUGUGUUACAUCCUUCCCGCCAUCAUUCACCGGUUCGAGAGCUACCUGAUAGCCUUGGAAGCUUGCAAGCACAUCGAUCUGAAGGUUAGCCCAGCACUUGCCCUUGAGGCUUUGACCAAGGAUUCGGACAACACCGACGAGCACGGAGAAGAGAAUACCAACUUCAGGAGCGGUAUGGGCCCCAACUAUGAGCGUCUUGAGUUCCUGGGGGAUUGUUUCCUCAAGAUGGCUACCUCGAUCUCAACCUUCGUACUGCAACCCGACGAAAACGAAUUUGAGUUUCAUGUCCGUCGUAUGCUCAUGCUCUGCAAUGCAAACCUGAUGGAUACGGCAGUAGGCAAGAAGAAGUUCAAGUUUGCUGAUGGCGAAGAACGUGGCUUGCAACUAUACAACUACGUUCGCACCGGGGCCUUCUCGCGUCGUACCUGGUAUCCCGAAGGGCUGAAGCUACUCCGCGGUAAAGGUGUUGGCAAGAGUGAAGACGACUGGCUCAAGCUCACUCACAAGCUCGGUGACAAGUCCAUCGCCGACGUCUGCGAAGCCUUCAUUGGCGCGACCUUCAUGCAGCACCACCAUGCUGGCAAAUGGUCACCAUUAGACUGGGAUGAAACCGUCAAAGCCGUCAAACUCUUCGCCAACAGUCCCGACCACCCGCAGUCCAAGUGGUCAGACUACUACGCAGCGUACACAAUGCCUCAAUACCAAAUCGCCGAGUCAACGGCGACUCAACUCGACCUCGCUCGCAAGAUCGAGGCUAAACAUCCUUACAAGUUCAAGUACCCUCGCCUCCUUCGAUCUGCCUUCGUCCACCCAAGCCAGCCCUUCAUGUGGGAGCAAAUACCAAAUUACCAGCGUCUCGAGUUCCUCGGCGACUCCCUCCUCGACAUGGUAUUCAUCAUGCACCUCUUCUAUGCCUACCCUGACAAAGACCCACAAUGGCUCACCGAGCACAAAACGCCCAUGGUCAGCAACAAGUUCCUCGGCGCCGUAUGCGUCAAGCUCGGGUGGCACACGCACAUUCGACAAAACACCGCGACCUUGUCCUUCCAGAUCCGCGACUACGUGACCGAGGUCCAGGAAGCCGAGCGCGAAGCCAACGGUGCCGUGGACUACUGGGUCGGCGUGUCUGAGCCGCCGAAGUGUCUCGCCGAUGUCAUCGAGGCGUAUGUCGCUGCUAUUUUCGUGGACUCGGAAUUCGAUUUCAACGUCGUCAAGGACUUCUUUGAACACCACCUUAAACCGUAUUUCGAAGACAUGACCCUCGACGCGUAUGAUGACUUUGCAUCUAACCACCCCACCACGCGCCUCAGCCGCCUGCUUUCCAUCAACCUCGGCUGCAACGACUGGCGCAUGGGCGCUCUGGAAACCGAGACGUGCAUCCCGGGCAAGGGCAAGACGGUUGCGGCUAUGGUUAUGAUUCACAAUAAGGUCGUGUUUCAUAGUCUGGGACAGUCUGGCCGUUAUGCACGAGUUCGGGCGAGUCAGGCCGCGCUGGAGGUAUUGGAUGGACUGCCGCCGUACGAAUUCAGGAGUAGGUAUGGGUGCGACUGCGUCGAUGAGGGAGAGGGCGAGAUGGUCACGGAGGAAAAGGAGAAGGCGAUGAAGGAGAGGAUUGGGUUGAGUAUCUGAGGUAGUAGUAGGGAGGGCAAGGAAAGGUGGCGGAUGACGACGGAGAUAACUGGUUGAGAUGGUUGCAUCAUGCCUUUGCGAUCAGCGACUGGUCGGCUUUUCACUCAUGAGCAUGGGAGCGAGGAU